GAAGAGGUACCCCGCGACAGCGAACACAAUCUGAAGCAGUAGAACCAAGAAUUGGAAAAGAGGGAAGCCAUGGCCGACUCCACUCUCGUUCCUCGAGUCAAGCUCGGGUCGCAAGGGCUUGAGGUCUCGCUCCAGGGGCUCGGGUGUAUGGGCAUGUCCGCCUUCUACGGCCCGGCCAAGCCGGAGAAAGACAUGAUCGCGCUCAUCUAUCACGUCGUUCGUUCCGGCGUCACGUUUCUUGAUACUUCCGACGUCUACGGACCCUUCACCAACGAAAUCCUCCUGGGAAAGGCUCUAAAAGAAGGGCUUAGAGAGAAAGUUGAACUCGCGACCAAGUUCGGAAUCAGAUUCUAUGAUGACGGGAGGAGGGAAAUCUCAAGGGACCCUUCCUAUGUGAGAGCGGCCUGCGAAGGGAGCUUGAAGAGACUUGGUGUUGACUGCAUCGAUCUAUAUUACCAGCAUCGGGUUGACACGCGUGUCCCCAUCGAAGUUACGGUGGGAGAACUUAAGAAGCUAGUUGAGGAAGGAAAAAUAAAAUAUAUAGGAUUGUCUGAGGCUUCUGCUUCAACAAUUAGGAGGGCACAUGCAGUUCAUCCAAUUUCUGCAGUGCAGCUAGAGUGGUCUUUGUGGUCACGGGAUGUUGAGAUUGAUAUCAUUCCUACCUGCAGGGAACUUGGAAUAGGUAUUGUUGCAUACAGCCCACUUGGGAGGGGCUUCUUCUCUUAUGGUCCGCAGGUAGCUGAUGAGCUAUCAAGCCAUGACUUCCGCAAGACGCUGCCAAGAUUUCAACCUGAAAACUUAGAAAAAAAUGCUGAAAUUUUCGAGAGAGUGAAGGAAAUCGCAUCAAGAAAGGGUUGCACUCCUUCACAACUUGCACUGGCUUGGGUGCAUCACCAGGGAAGCGAUGUAGUCCCCAUUCCUGGCACUACAAAGAUCGAAAACUUCAACCAGAACGUUGGUGCACUCUCUGUGAAGCUUACGCCUGAAGAAUUGGCUGAACUUGAAUCAUUUGCUUCAGAAGACGCUGUGAAAGGUGAUAGAUAUGGCGCUGGAAUGCAGACCUGGAAGAACUCUGAGACUCCUCCCCUUUCUUCCUGGAAUCACUGGUAAGACGAUCAGUCAAUUUCUGCUGUUUAUGUUUGUUUGGGUAUCUGUAAUAUGCGACCAUCUUCUUGCAAGUUAACCAUCUUAUAUUGAUUAGGUUGGCUUGAGCUCCCUGUGUGUGCGACUUUCUUGAGCAGAUUGAAUAAAACAUCCUUGUCUUAAUUUUGCCUGAAAACUAUUCAUAAAUGUGUAGAAAUAUUGUCAAUUAUAGAUAUAUGGUCGAUUAAUGUUUUAGUUGUUUAA